CAUGUCAGACAAGUUUCAUUCUGGUUUAUGCAACGCAGGAGGAAACAUGCUUGUUUGUGUUUUUUAUUUGAGUUUGGUGCUUUCCUUCAUCUGUGCUGAUUUUUCAGAUGAAGAUUUUUAUCAGGCCAAAUUAUGUUACACAUUUAAGGGUUCCCACUUAGAAGAAUGUGAGCACACAAUUAUGUUAAGUUUUAACAAGCAAAAUAUGGUGGAGUUCAACAGCACAAGAGGCAACUGGAUUGGAUUCACUAAAUAUUCUAAAGGAGCUGCAAAAAAAAUAACUAAUGAUCCUUUUGAAAAGUCUCUAAGACUAGCUGAACCAACAAUGUGUGAAAAGUUAGUGAACAUCAUCCAAUACAUAGGAAAUCUCACAACACCGCCCACCAUGAAAUUAAACUUGGUGAAACUGUCUGAUGGUGAACACCGAGCUAAAUUCGUUUGCAGUGCCUAUGACUUUUACCCAAAGCAAAUCCAGCUGACCUGGCUGAGAAAUGGACAGGAAGUGACUGAAGGGGUCAGUUACUCAAGUGUGAUGUAUGAUGGGGAUUUGUACUACCAGUUCCACUCAUAUCUGAAGUACUUCCCAACUUCAGGAGAAAGAAUCACCUGCAUGGUUGAACAUUUUAGCCUCUCUGAACCAAAACUUGUCGACUGGGACGACUCCCUUCUCUCAGAAGACAUGACUCCAAUAGCUUUUGGGCUGUGUGUACUCAUGGUUGGUCUGAUUGUGCUGAGCUCUGGAUUCAUCUAUUACAAAAAACAUCAGCCACAUACAACGCCUGCCACGGAAAUGCUUGCUAGACCUGAAGAUUUAUUGCCUGGCAAGCCAUCUGUAACGGAAUGAAAUGACUGUUUUCCACCAAAAGUCAUUUCCCCCUCUCCUCUGACACAGGACUAGUCUGCAUGAGAUAUGGCCUCAAGGUCUCAUGCAUUUGUUAUAAACUGCUUCUUUCCAGCUCAAGAGAAGAAUGAAGAAUUGACUCUCUCCUUUUAAUAAAUCAAAGAACUCUAUUUUAAUAAAGCUAAUCAAGCAAAGUGUUAGUCAAUAAUAAGAUGUGACCAAUCUGUGAAAUCAAAAUAUUAAUUACUUUAUUAUAAUCUUAUAAAAUAUAAUAAGUAAUAUGACUAUAAAUGUUUCCACUAGGACUGAUCUCACGUAGCGUUAAGACAUUACACAUUGCUUUACUGAUCCAAUCAGAAUCUGCCAGAUCUGACAGAGGCGGGGUUUUGGUGGUGUUUGGUAAAUCUGUCAUCUUUUCAUUCGACCAUAAACCAAAACAUCUGAAGUAUAAAACUAUGCCCACGUCAUCUUUAACGCCAGUUCAAAGCGUUCUAGAGAAGUGUCGGAGUGGCCAAUCCGUAAUUCCUCUUCAGCCAAAAGAACCAACGACAAGCUGGUGUAACGUGAGGAAAUAUGGGUUUUCUGUGCCAAAGGUUUCGUUUAACUCAGCUGGGUCAAGAGCUGGGUCGCUGAGAACUUUCACCCACAGAGUGAGACCUUUGCAGACAGGAAGUCUGCAAAAGUCUGCUGGAAACCAUAACAUCUGAACACCUGCAGUCCCAGAAGAUGUGUUCCCAUGGAAAAGCUAGUCAUAACAUAACAACUUCCUUUCUUUUAUUUUAAGUUGUUAAAUGAUAAGUAUUAUUACUUUGCUCAUUAUAAAUGUGUUUUAAUCAAAUGAAUGAUUAUUAUACUUUGGGUAAUCAUAACUAUAAUGAAUCCAUACUUAAUUAAAUAAUGUUUGAAGAUGUUUUAGUGGUGACCUUCACACACUCAAACACUCACACACACACACAAACUCUCACAGUAAACUCCAAAACACAUCUGCUCUGACGCACAAGUUUUGCUUUGAGAAGAGAAAGGCUUUUGGUAAGUUUUCAGUUCAUGAUUCAGUUCGAGUUUGUCAACGAGAGAGUUC